AUGAUUACAGUAGCGAGGACACCACUAGGAAAGAGCACGAGGCAGGUACCGCCCGUACCCCCAGGUUCUUCCACUGGUGCUCCCACUGGCACACCCACUGGUACACCACCCACUGGUUCGAGCUGUUGCUGUCGCCCCCCUGCGGUCGUUGAGAACAACCUCAAUCUCUCAACACCUCAACGUCUCGUCGCUCCCGUCGCUCCCGCAGCCCCCCGACUGCGAUCACCUCCUGCUGCCAUGGUAAUGAACGACUCCGGCGCCCGAGUGUCACGCUCUUCUACGACCAUGUCUGGCUCUGCCCUCGCCGCUGGCUCCAACGCCAACGCCAACUCUGCCGACGAUUCUGGUGAGCCACCGUUGCCCUGCCCCUCCAUUUUUUUCACCUGA